CGUUGUUGAGAAACGCGAAAGCCUCAUUUCGCGCUCUGUUUUGAGAUUUCACGCCGUAAAGCACAGUCCCGCUCUGUUCGUCUCUCUCUCUUUCGCGACUGUGAGAGAGUUAGCGAAAGAGUUAACAGGGAACUUCAUUAUCAUGAUGCGAGGAUUUUCAUUUUAGAUCUCGUGAAGGAAGAGUUACCAGAUAUUGAGACCUCUAUCUGAAUCCAUUUCCGUGAAAGCUUAGUUUGUUCAAACGGCGAGUUCUUCAUUUGAAUCGGUCGCCUGCGGUGAAAGAAUGAAUACAGGACAGAGAGCUCUAAAGUUCAAAGCUGGAUCUUCUGCUCGAUUGGAUGCUGAUGAAGUGUACAGAAAUUUGAGCAAGUGUCACCUUGGAAGCGUAAUAUUUGGAUGCACGAACAGCACCAUAAAGGAAUGUCUUUCUAACCAGCUUUUUGGCUUGCCUUCUCAACACUUUUCAUAUGUGAAGAACAUUGAUCCUGGUUUGCCUUUGUUUCUAUUCAACUAUAGCGAGAGAAAGUUGAAUGGUAUCUUUGAGGCGGCUAGUUCAGGACAGAUAAAUAUUAAUCCAUAUGGGUGGACUACUGAUGGUUCAGAGAGAACACUUUAUCCAGCUCAGGUUCAAAUUCUUGUUCGGAAGCUGUGCCAACCUUUGUUAGAAAAUCAGUUCAAGCCUAUAAUUAAGGACAACUAUUAUAGCCCCAAUCAUUUCUGGUUUGAGCUUGACCAUGCUCAGACAAAUAAGUUGAUUUCUUUAUUAUCAUCUCAAGCAAUGACUCCACAUGUACCACAAUUUACAACGAACUGCAGACCUUGCUGUACAGUCCUCCCCUCCUUGGAAUCAAGGGAUGAAGGUGAAAAGAUCAAAUCACAAAUUAUGGAGGAGCACUUUGACCUGGAAAGUCAAGUAGUGGACGCUGUAGAUGUUACUUCCUCAUUAGAUGCAGGGAAUAGUUCACUUGGAGCUCAUUGUUAUGCAAAUGAAUCCGAUGAAGAGUUGAAGUGCCGAAUAUUGCAUAAACUACAACAAUUUGCUAUAAAGCAUCAUGAAAGUUCAAUGUUGCCUUUAACAAGUGAUAUGAAUCAUACUACCAUUAAUAAGGGCAAUAAUUUGGUGAAUAAUGGUAGUUCCGGUGAACCAAUAAAGUCCAAAGAGAGCAAUGAAGAGGACUUUGGUACUUUGACUGGACUUCAGUCUCCAAUUGCGAAGUUGGUUCAAGAGCUACAAGAGCUUAAGGAUUCUAAUGCAGAACAAGCUAGGAGAAUAGUUUUCUUGGAGGAAAAGCUGUUGGCGGCAGAAGGUGAAAUCCAGGAGUUGAAGGGUCGUAUAACGUCUAAUUAUUUGCCAAACUCAAAUGCAGUAGAAGCAAAGAGGGUAGUGGUGGAGGAACAAUUGGAAGACUUGUGUUUGGACCCUGAUGAAUCCAUUUUUCUUAUUGGAGGAUAUGAUGGUGCAUCACACUUGUCAACUUUGGAAUUGUACGACCCUUCUAGCGAUAUGAUUAAAUCACUUCGGCCGAUGAGCUCUGUACGUGCAUAUGCUUCUGUUGCAUGGUUGAAUAGUCAGCUUUAUGUUUUUGGUGGUGGUAAUGGUUGUGCAUGGUAUAACACAGUUGAAUCAUAUAACCUGGAGACCGAUCAGUGGACCUUGUGCCCUUCUUUAAAUCUGGCAAAAGGAAGCCUCGGAGGAGUUAGCAUUGGUAACAAAUUAUUUGCUAUUGGUGGUGGAAAUGGUAUUGAGUCGUUCUCUGGUGUUGAAAUGCUUGACAUGGAACUUGGACGAUGGAUUUGUACAAGGUCAAUGCUACAAAGGCGAUUUGCUGUUGCUGCAGUGGAGCUCAAUGGUGUACUUUAUGCAACAGGGGGGUUUGAUGGUAAUGACUAUAUGAGGUCUGCUGAAAGGUUUGACAUCAGAGAACAUUCAUGGACUCAAAUCCCUAGUAUGAAUGCAAAGCGAGGAUGUCAUUCAUUGGUGACUUUGAACGAGAAACUUUAUGCUCUUGGGGGAUUUGAUGGAGAUUCCAUGGUUUCGAGCGUUGAAGUAUAUGAUCCACGUAUGGAAUCGUGGAUCGAUGGGGAACCCAUGAAUAAGACGCGAGGAUAUGCGGCAGCUGGAGUCAUCAAUGAAUCCAUAUACAUAAUUGGAGGUGUGUUAGUUGAUGACAAAAUUUUGAACACGGUUGAGAGUUAUAAAGAAGGGUGCGGCUGGCAGGAAAAGACGUCCAGGGUUCUAAGGAAAAGAUGUUUCCAAUCGGCUAUCGUUCACUGAGCGUGAGAAGAGGCUCCACCUGCACGUAGUUGGUAUGUUGGUAAUAUCCAUAGCUGCAAUGGUUUCCUUUUGAAUAGCAAAGAGGCAUAAACUCCCGACUUUUCAACAUCGGUAGUCAAAAUCUCAAAUCUAUUGAAAACACAAAAGUAAAAACAAGCCUAGUUGAUUCAAAA